AGAAAAGAAAAAAGUGGAAAAAUUUCUGUAACUUUUGGGGGUUUUCCGUCUCAUAUCACAUCGCUGACGCCGGCCGCAUACGGCGCUUUCUUCUUCUUCGUUCUCCCUUCGGUUCCCUUCGCUCUCCCUCGCGAUUUCGUUCCUCAAGGUGUGCCUCAUUGUUUAUUAUCAGUGUUAGUUUCCAAUGACAUCGUCUAAGAGGCCAAAUGCGGAGCCAAAUGGGAAAGCGAAACGCCAAAAGUCAGGAACUGGUUUUUCGCCGUUGGAUUUUGCUCCGGGGAGUGUUGUUUUCCGGUUGCUCUGCUCCGCGUCAAGGAUUGGGAGUGUUAUCGGCAAAGGUGGUGCCACCGUGACACAAAUCCGACAGGAGACUGGUGUGAAGGUUAAGAUUGAGGAAGCUGUACCUGGAUGUGAUGAGAGGGUUAUUACUAUUUUAGGUUCUGAUAAGGAGACUGAGGAAGUCACUGACCAAGGAAGGGAGGUUAAUAACAAUAACAACAACAAUAAAAAUGAUGAUGAUGAAGCUGAGAGCAAGGAGAAGGAGAUUGGGGCAAAAGACGAUGCACACAAUGAUGAAGAUAAGGGGUCUGUUCCGGUUGAAGAUUUGAAGAGUGAGAAGGGGAAUUCUGCCAUUCGGAAGGCUCUCUCGCUGGUUUUUGAGAAGAUGGUUGAAGGAAUGGAGGAGACAACAGAGGGGGAUAAAGAAGGUAGUAAAUCUUUGUCCUUUGUUUUUAGGCUACUUGUCCUUUCUAGUCAAGUUGGAUGCCUUCUGGGGAAAGGUGGUAGCGUAAUAAAGCAAAUGUCAGCUGAUAGUGGGGCACAGAUUCGGAUCCUUCCAAGGGACAAACUUCCACUGUGUGCGUCGGAUUCUGAUGAGCUUGUUCAGAUCACAGGGGGAAUCGACGUCGUCAGGAAAGCUCUUCAAUCUGUUUCUCAACAACUUUUGGAAAAUCCACCUCGGGAUCAUGAACCUCUUCGUGCCAAUCCUACAGGACCAUCUUCUCAUUCAGCUGGUCAAUUCCCACCACAUAACCGUUCUCUUGCUGCACAAGGAGCGCCUUUUGCUGCAGGACCACGUGAUAUUUCUGUUUUUCAUCCUGGUCCUCCUGUAAUUCCCAAAUUUCAUGAAGGUGCCAUACAUGGACGCAUGAGGCCUUCACAGGAGAUGCUUACUUUCCGUUUAUUGUGUCAUGCUGAAAGAGUAGGAAAUGUUAUUGGUAAAGGUGGAGCAAUCAUAAAGGCUGUGCUGAACUAUUGUUAUGGAGCUCACCCAGAUGAUAGAGUAUCUCCCGUGCAAGAGGCUGUAUUUCGUGUGCAGAGCAGAAUAGGAAGGUCUAUACCUGAUCCCAAAGAGCAUAAUAUGUUAGCUAGGCUUCUUGUUUCUUCCAAUCAAAUAGGUUGUCUCCUUGGCAAGGGUGGUUCCAUCAUAACCGAAAUGAGGAAGUUAUCAGGGGCCCAUAUCCGUAUAUUAGGCAAGGAUAAGGUUCCAAAGUGUGCUUCAGAAGAUGAAGAAGUAAUUCAGAUAAGUGGAGAAGUCGAGGCAGUGCACGAUGCACUUCUGCAAGUAACCACAAGACUAAGACAUCAUUUCUUUCGUGAUGCAUUUCCAUCUAUCAAUUAUCCUUCCAAUUCUCCAUUUCUAGAUCAAGGUCCUCCAUUCCCACCGUACUUUGGAAGGCGAGGACUUUCACCACCAGGGAUGUAUUCUAAUCUAGGUCCACCUCCACACGGGGGUUUUCCUCUUGAUGAUGGUCCUCCUUUUAUUAAUAAUAUACGCAGACCAGGCAUUCCUCCUCAUUUAUCCGAAAGAAAGCCUUGGGGUCCUCAGGGGUUACUAGAAGGUGGUGGACCCAUGGGCUUACCAGACUUUCCAGGAGGCCCUCAUAGGAGAAUUCCAGGAUUUGCAAGUGGGGGCCAACCAAUUAUCACUAGUACCACUGUUGAAGUAGUUGUUCCUCGAAAGCUUGUGCCUGUAAUUUAUGGGGAGGAUGGUGAAUGCCUAAAACAAAUACUUGAGAUCUCUGACGCAAAUAUCAAAUUUAUGGAUCCAAAGCCUGGAGCUGUGGAAACCAAGAUUAUAAUAUCAGGAACCCCGGAGCAAACUCAUGCUGCCCAAAGUCUUAUUCAGGCGUUUGUCUUGAAUGAGACAGAGUCUGGUUGAUCUCUCUACUUGGGUAAUACAUUGUUUAUUUUACUCUGUAGCUGCAAUUGAGUUCAUUAUUUUCCUUACUGUUAUAUCUUGAUGUCACAAAUUGUAGAAGGAAAGCAGUGUAAAGUGUUAAUUGUCAUCUUAUAGAAAAGACCAUUCCCCAUCUUUGCUUUUAUGCACACUUGGGUUUUACAUUCCCAGAACCAAACUUCAAGAUACAUCAUAUGUUGUCGGAUAGAUUUACAUUAUGUCCAAAAUGGUAUUGCUAUUCAGUGUCAGAAAAAUGAGAGAACUGGAACAAUGAAAGGCUGAACACAAGAAAGAAAACGAAAAAAUGGUGUAUUAUUGAAAUGGAUUCUAUCGUAAAUUAGAGGCAGACGGUGAAGUAGUUAAAAUCGUAAGGGCUAUUUAUUUAGGAGAAGCCUUUUUUUUGUUUUUCAGGAGAAGCCUUAUUAAUAUGCUAAGUUGCUAACUGGCUUCUAACUAAGGAAAGCCCCGUUAAUUAGGGGCCUGAUCCACAUCAAUGCCCAAGCACUACCCCCCCUUUUCCCAAAAAGAAAAAAACAACCAAAAUACAAUAAAAAGGGCCCCAAGGGAUAGUUUGGACUUUGGAAAUUAAGUCCCCAAGGCUUGGAAAAUAAGUUUGAAAUUAUGCUUAAAGCGUAGUUAUGAUUUUCGGCUCACAAGCUCGUUAUCUACCAGUCUACCACCACAGCCUUCUGGCCAAUAUGAGUCUUGGCAUAACCAAUGCAGUUUUGUUUUUUUCUGGGUACUGUAAGCAAUGUAGUUUUACGUUAAUUAACUUAUCAUCUUGCCUUCCGUAUAUUUGUUCAUGCUUUCACCUUUAAACCUGUAUUUAGUAACCUGUACCUCUCUACGUGUCUACUAAAUUUCUGAUUUGUUCAUUUCAUCUUUUCAUAUUAUUAUUAAUGGUUGAAACAUGGAGAGUAGUGAUGAGACAUAUCACAUGUCUAUUGUACAUGAUUGACGCCUCAUAUAUUUAUGACAGUAGCAAGUGGAGUGAGCAUGAUGCUUGUUAUAUUGUUUUCCAGCA